UGGAGCCACCCGGGUGGUCCUACACUCUCUGAGUCUGCAGUGAGGAGGAGAGAUGGAUGCGGGGCGACUGUCUACCGGCUGUGCAGUGAAUGAGAUGGAGGCCGGUGGAGAUGAAGAGGGAGAGGCUCUGGAAGAGAGCGCCGAGUGCCAGAGACUCACUGCAGAGAGAGAUGAGGCUGAAAGGCAACUCAAGCACAUUAAACGAGUUUCCCAAAUGGUGAUCGAGGAGGUAAACUUACUGCAAACUCAGCUUGAGAUUGAGAAGUCUUGCCGGGAAAAUGCAGAGGCUCUGGCAACCAAGUUGAACUGUGAGAACAGGAAGCUGAAGUAUUUGAGUCUGUCAUCACGACCCUGUCUGGACGAGCUGUUGCCCAGUAUUUCUGACUGCAUUUCCCUAGAAGAGGAGACUGACCCACAAGAUCACAGCCCUGACCCAUUUUCUCAGUACAAACAGCAGGUCAAAGAUCUCCAAGAAACAAUUAGUUCACUGCUGGAGGAGAAGAAGCAUUUGGCUUGUCAGCUUCAAGAGCAGCAGAGACAGAUAGAAGAUUUGACAGCACUUACUGAAAAGGAGCAGGACGAGAUGAAGGAGUUUUAUAAAACCAUCGAGCAGCAAAGCAAGACCAUUAAGAGGUUUAACAGGGUGUCUAUGAUGGCCACUUAUGAGUAUGAACACAUGAAGGAGCAGCUGGAUUUUGAGCAAAGCCUCAGACAGACAGCAGAGACCUAUGCACAUGAGAUGCUUGUCAAGCAAAAAGAAGCCAACAGACAGAGCAUGAUUCUAAUGCAGCAGGCAGAUCCCAGCAUUCAACUGCUCAAAGCUUUAGAAGAUGUGACCAAUGUGACCAAAACAUUGGAAGAAGAGAGGAUACAGCACCAAGAGAAGGUAAAGGCUCUGGAGGCUGAACUGGAAGAAUGUGCUUUGCGUAAGCAGCUAGUUCAGCUACAGAGGCAAUUAGAGAUAUUAGAUGAGGAAAAGAAAGAGACAGAGGGAAGACUGCAAGAGGAAGAGAAGAAAAACAGCAUUUUGGAGAAUAAAGUUAAAGAGCUGCAGGAGGCAAGGCAAAGCUGUGAUUCAGCAUCAGACCCCUCCCCUGGGACGGCUCCUCCCCCUGCCCCUCUUCCUCAACCGCCUCCACCUCCCCCACCACCUCCUCCUCCUCCCCCACCUCCUACCUCUCGCUGCAACCCCCUCAGCUCUCUAAUUGCAAUUAUGAGGAAAUCUUCCAAGGGAGGUAAAGGAUCCCUGAAACUAGAGCAAGCCCCAGCAAACGAAGCAGCGGAUGAGGUCAAAGUGAAAGCUGUCAAUGAAAUGAUGGAGAGAAUUAAACACGGGGUAGUUCUCAGGCCUGUGAAGGGUCAGGACACUAAGAGAUUUGGUACAAAGCAGCCGAAGCCAGUAGCAGAGGAAAAGCAGCAGGAGAGUGCAAUGGAAGAGCUAAAAGGCAUUCUGGAGACAGUGAAGAAGAGUCCCAGUCGUGGAUUCCAGGAAACCAUCCACGUUAAAAAAGACAGUGAACUGGAAGUGAUUCUAAGGAGGAGACGCAAACAGGCCUUUGAUCCGCACACAGAAGAUGGUGGGCAGCUGAAUAAAUUCUCCUCAUCAAACAGCCUGAAUGGUCGGCACAGUUCUGACUCAGGCAAAGACACAGAAGGGCCGGGCAGCAGUUCUCUCUCAGGCAGUGAGCGCGGAUCGAGAACCAGCUCAGACUCUGGCCGAGAGCCAGCUGUAGCCCAUCAAAGCUCAGAUUCUGGCACAGAGUUCAAAGGAGCCUGUCAGGCAGACACUGUUUGCAGAUCUCUCUCUGAGAAAGAGUCCUCUGAGCCCGUCACCAACGGAUGCUGUUCAGGCGAAGUGAAGGAUGGAGAUCCAGAUAAGUGGGUGGGGCCCACUGGUCAUACAGCUGCAAGUGAUGACCUGCAUACCACAAUCAGCUCCUCUGCACAAAGCUCCAAUGCAGCAAACGGUAGCACAGAUGCCGAGUGUUAACAGCAAGAGGCCCUGCAAGCACAGCUGCAUUAUUUGCACAAAACCAUGCUUUCAGAAUUUAUUUAUUCCAAAUAAAAAAAAAUAAAAAAAAUCAAUUCAUAUUUUAAAUGAAAACAAACAGAUAAUUUCAUCAUUUGAAAGUUUUGGAAAAAGGUUCCUUAACAAUGACACAUUUAACAGAUAAAGUGAAAAACAUUGCAGCAUCACACCAGACGAUUUUUCUUUCACCUUUCACUGUAAAUUUACUGUAUCUGCUUUUUGCUCCUUUACAAGUAACAGGGUUUUAAGACAUUAGGGACAUCUGUCAUACACUUUUCUACUUUGUAAAUUCAUUCUACAUUAUAGUUUGAUUUUGGAAUCAUCUUGCCUUGGAUUCAUAUUUUUAACAACUGAGUCACAUUUCCUUAAAAUGCAAGCAAGGAAACUUUUAACACAAUGCAGCAAAGCAAUCCUAAAAUCACUGCACUUCACAUCAUGGCGUCUUUGCUGUUACAAACUAGGCUCUUUCCAAAUUAAUCUAAAAAUGCAUUUAUAAGCCAUGUGAGUGUUUCUUCUUAAGAAUAUACCGUAAAGAGGAACGAUGGUGGUCUGUUCUACCUCUUAAGACACACUCACCUCUUGAGGAUUUGAAAUGGUACAGAUCCUACAGUAUAUGAAAAUAUCAUCAAAUAAUGGAGGGCUAACCACCAAUGUCUUCCUGUUUCCAAACUUUGCACUGCAUGAAUGCACUAAAAGAGCAUUUUGGCAUUUCUUAAUUAGAAUUGUGCUCACUUCUCAGCAAUUUCAUUGCAAUAUCAUCGGCAAAUUGUAAUAUUGUGCAGGAUGAGGCUGCCUUCAAUAACUCCAAAUAUAUGCCUUGUGACUCCUCUUGACUCUAAUAAGUGGAUCAUGUUAAUGUUGCAGUAAUGUGGUCAACAAUAUGGCCUUCACAGUUAUCUUGUUUUUGUGGCUGCUGUAAUCAUCAGUUUGGUGCAGCAUACUGGAUUGGUCUGAUAUUUUGAUAUCAAGCUGAAGUGGGGCAGGUCAGCUUUUUGACUACUGAAAUAAUAUUUGACAUGGCCAAUAACUUUAAAUGCUGAAUGACUAGUGCUUGCGAAUAUGCAUCACUUGUCAGAAAAUUGGAAAUCUCAAAUAUAUUUCUGAUAAAAAAUAUUUGUCCUCACACUUUCAUCACAAAAUUGUUUUUUUACACCACUGGAAAACAAACAACCCACCUUUCUGUGACACAAAUUUUGUUUAUUUUAUUCAGGAGGCAUCUUGAACUUAAAAAUGCUCCUUAAUUUCUCACCACCUCUGGAAUGUGUUUUGGCCUUUGAAUGCAACAUUUCUUCCUUUUUGGCCUUUUUGGUGUGUAAGCUUGAUUUUUUAUAGUGAAUCUGAGAGGUGACUGAUCUGACUUGUGAUCUUAAAAUGAGUGUUUUGAAGCUUGAAAACUGAGUGUACCUGUUUUUAUUCAAAUAAAAUCUCCCUCUUCAACAUACCUUUUAAACUCAACUGAACAAAUAAACUUAUAA